UCUUGCAAAGUCACUCCGUAUAGCUGGAGUGUAAACAAGAGAUUAGAACAGUCUAGACCUUAUACGAGUUAUUGUUGUGCGAGGUUUAGCUAAUUAUUUUACAGAGCAACGUGUUUAUAAUAUACAUAGUGUCUAUUCCGGCACUACUGACCUUUCCGAUUUAUCAACAAAUCAGGUUUUAUACCGUAAUCUUUGAGACUGUGCUCUAGUUAGCUAGCUAACAUUAGCAUCUAAAUGUUUUUUUCCUCUAUUAUUAUUUCAGCAUAAUUUACGCAUAGUUUGCGGUGAAAUGACCGAGACUGGAGUCCUUUAAAUUUCUGAUGCCCUGUAAGGCACCACCAUGGACACUGUGAAGACUGAAGAGAAAGACCAUGAAGAAGAAACUCUACAGACAGCCUUUAAAAAACUACGUGUGGAUGCCGAGAGCCCUGUGGCUGCAGUACGUGUGAGCGAGGCAUUGGCAUCCAGAGCCGGAACCCGAAUCAGCACAGAUGGAACAAAACCCAAAAUUACUUCCCCUAAAGAGAACUGGCAUGGAUGCAGCCGAAAGUCUUCCAGGGGCUUAACAAGAAUUCAAAGACGGAGAAGGUCCAAGUCUCCCAUCCUGCAUCCACCCAAAUUUACCUACUGUAGCUCUAAAAUGCAGUUCAAACACAAGAGCCCCACAGAGCUGAAGGACACCAGCACCUCCCUGAUUGUUCCUGCUAAAAAAGAGCUUUUGUCCUCCAGUGCCCAGUCACCCGUUUUUGGUUCCUUGGGUUAUGACUCCGGUAUUGCUUUGGAAAACAAGAUUUCCCCACUGAACAGAGUAGCACCCUUUGGCAAUGAGGGCAGCUCAGAGGUAAAGGAUGAAAAGACUAACAAUUCUUUAGAGAAAGCUCAAACUUCAACAGCUGACUUUAAAUCUCUGUGCCAACUCCAGGAGAGUGGUGUGUGUAAGUGCACCAACUGGCAAGGCAUGGAGGUCUACUCAUUCACUGGCCUGCGUGAUGUCAUUUCUGAAUGUGAAAGGAAACUGCCCAGCUCUCCAGAUGUAGCUCAGAACACCAGAACAGUAAACGCAUCAUCAGUGACCAGCUCUCCACGCUCUUGCUCCGAGCAGGCACGUGUGUAUGUAAAUGAUAUUAGUAUAGAAGAUCUCUCGGGCUACUUAGAGUAUUACCUCUACUUUCCUAAAAAGAUGUCGCACAUGGCUGAAAUGAUGUACACUUAAGCAAAUAAACUCAUUUCGAGGUACACAGAAUUGGUUUAACACAAAAGCUGCAUACUGAUGCAUAUAGUAUACAGGAAGAUUAAAGAUAAGCAGUGCAGCAUAAAUAUCAGAUUAUUUGGGACUGUUUAUGGGAAAUGGGUAGGCAUGGAAUUAUUAGGCAUGAUGUUUAUCUUGUGGAAAUGCUUUUCCAGGUUUUUUCCCCUCUUUAUUUUUAGUGUUUCAUUGUUUGAUAGAUUAACACUCAGAGUGAGAUAUGUCUGCUGUAGGGUAUUUUUUGUUUCUUUUUUCCCCUGAUUUUUGUCCCCCUCCAGGUUUAGGUGUCAUGCUGCCAAAGCUCUAUUGCAGGAAUCACAGGUUUUGAUGUACUUGGUAUGUGCAAAGAUGCCAUGUAAUCAUUAUGAUCACCUUGUUUUCUUUAAAUUUAAAUAAAUCUAUUCUGUUGUUAAAA